UUAGGGAGAAGAUUUAGUGGAGAGACGUGAAUGCGGGAGAGAGGAGAAGGAUCGGAGGAGACUCAGUCUGCAACAGGGGAAAAAAGGAUGCAAACUCCUGCCUCCUGCAACUUGUUCCGUCCUUAAGUAAUUUGCAUCUGCAUUUCAAACGAAAAAAAAAGAAAUCUGGAAUUAAGCUGCAGAAGGUGAUUAGUAUUUAAGAAAAUUGGGAUUUAAAACGAAAAGGGUCAAGAAAUGCAUCUUCUGCAUCUGGGUGUAGUGUUCGCAACUUCUGAUGCAAUGCAAACUGUCGCAACAGUGGGAUAACUGCAAAUAUUUCCUCCCCGCCGACUGCUCAAGACUACGGCUGUGAUUUUUUUUAAAUUGGGGGAAAAAUAAGAAGAAUAAAGCCAAAUGGUUAUCCUCAUGCGGCCGGGUCCUUCUAAGAAGAUUCUGCAGGCUGCUUAUCCUGGUUGGCAGUUGGAUUCAACCUCUCGACAGUUCUGUGCACUGUGCAUUCUGAAUACUGCACCGAGGAGAAUUUAAGUGGUUAACCCUCUGCAGCAAUCUUCGCUCGCUGGUAAAUAAAUACGGUAGGGCUAAAAGAGAGAACUUGUUUGCAAAACCGAUGGGAGGGGAUUGCCACGGAGGGUAGCUGAGCCUCCUGUUAUUUUUUUCCCGUAAUAGUGUAGGUGUGGAGGGGAUAGGGUCUGGGGGGUUACAAAUACCGUUGGUGUAAUCUGGCUCUGCAUAUUUCCCGGAAUUAUGGACAUGCGGGAUUUUUACCUGUUCCUGGCGCUGGCCGGUUGCCUGACCGUGGAUUCCGCUCUGGCUCAGGAGCUGGUCUACACCAUUCAGGAGGAGAUGCCCGAGAAUAUCUUGCUGGGCAGCAUCCCGCGCGAUCUGAACAUUUCUCGGUUUAAUGCGGCCACGGGGGCGAGCGCCAACCUCAUCUACAGGCUGGUCUCCAAGGCUGGGGAGGUUCCCCUGCUCCGGGUGUCCAGCGGCACCGGCGAGAUCUUCACCACAGCCAAUCGGGUGGACCGCGAGAAGCUGUGCGCGGGCACUUACACCGACACCGACUGCUUCUUCGAGGUGGAGGUCGUCAUCCUGCCCAACGACCACUUCAGACUAGUCAAGAUCAAGGUGGUGGUGCGGGACGUCAACGACAAUGCGCCUAUGUUCCCGUCUCCCGUGAUCAACAUCUCCAUCCCGGAGAACACCCUGGUCAACAGCCGCUUCCCGGUGCCUUCUGCCACUGACCCGGACACAGGCAGCAACGGGGUGCAACGUUACCAGCUCCUCAAUGGCCAAGGGGCUUAUGGCUUGGACGUGGUGGAGAGUCCUGAGGGUGAGAAGUGGCCCCAGCUGAUUGUCCAGCGCAGUCUGGACCGGGAGCAGAAGGACACCUAUGUGAUGAAGAUCAAGGUGGAGGAUGGGGGAAGUCCGCAGAGGUCCAGCACUGCCAUCUUGCAGGUGACAGUCACAGAUGUCAAUGAUAACCGGCCGGUGUUCAAGGAGAGCCAGCUGGAGGUCCGUCUGCCGGAGAACGCGCCCCUGGGCACCUCGGUCAUCCAGCUCCAUGCCACUGACGCCGACGUGGGCUCCAAUGCCCAGAUCCUCUACCUCUUCAGCCCACAGGUCUCGCCGUCGGUCCGGAGGCACUUCGCCCUCAACGCCACGGCUGGCCUCAUCACGGUGCAGAGGGCUCUGGACCGCGAGGAGACGUCCCUGCACAAGAUGACGGUGCUGGCCACUGACGGCAGUUCCACCCCUGCCAGGGCCACUGUCACCGUGAAUGUCACUGAUGUUAACGACAACCCCCCCACCAUCGACAUCCGCUACAUCAUUAGCCCCAUCAAUGGGACCGUCUACCUGUCUGAGAAGGAUCCAGUCAACACCAAGAUUGCCCUGAUCACUGUGUCGGACAAGGACACGGAUGUGAACGGGAAGGUGGUUUGCUACAUCGAGAAGGAGGUGCCCUUUCACCUCAAGGCUGUGUACGACAACCAGUACCUUUUGGAGACCUCUGCCUUGUUGGACUAUGAGAGCACAAGAGACUACAGUUUCAGGAUAGUGGCCUCGGACUCGGGCAAACCCAGCCUGAACCAAAGUGCGCUGGUCCGAGUGAGGCUGGAAGACGAGAAUGACAACCCCCCGGUCUUUAGCCAGCCGGUCAUCGAACUCUCUGUGGCUGAAAACAACCACCGUGGGCUCUACCUCACCACCAUCAGCGCCACCGACGAGGACAGUGGAAAAAAUGCUGAAAUCGUCUAUCAGCUGGGUCCCAAUGCCUCUUCCUUCGACCUGGACCGCAAGACUGGGGUGCUGACUGCCUCCAGGGUUUUUGACAGGGAGGAGCAGGAGCGUUACAUCUUCACCGUGACCGCCAGGGACAGCGGUAACCCCCCUCUCCAGAGCCAGGCGGCUGUCAUUGUCACCGUGCUGGACGAAAAUGACAACAAUCCCAAGUUCACCCAUAACCACUUCCAGUUCUUUGUGUCUGAGAACUUGCCGAAGUACAGCACCGUGGGGGUCAUCACAGUGACGGAUGCAGAUGCCGGGGAGAAUGCGGAAGUGAUGGCUUCGGUUGUUGGUGACAACGACAACUUCAUCUUAGACCCAGUGAGCGGCGUUAUAAGAUCCAAUGUGUCCUUUGACAGGGAACUGCAGAGCUCGUACACAUUUGAAGUCAAGGCGAUAGACAGGGGCAGACCUGUCCGUACCUCCAUUGCCAAAGUCACCAUCAAUGUCAUAGAUGUCAAUGAUAACAGCCCAGUUGUAAUCUAUCCACCAUCAAACACUUCGUUCAAACUGGUGCCUCUUUCAGCUAUUCCUGGAUCAGUGGUGGCAGAGGUGUUUGCGGUGGAUGUUGACACGGGGAUGAACGCAGAACUCAAGUACAGCAUCGUCAGUGGAAAUAGCAAGGGCUUGUUCAGAAUCGAUCCGGUGACGGGCAACAUUACUCUGGAGGAGAAGCCAACUGUGGCAGAUCAAGGUUUGCAUCGCCUGGUGGUGAACAUUAGUGAUUUGGGGUAUCCUAAACCCUUGCACACCCUGGUCCUUGUCUACUUGUAUGUGAAUGACACAGUAAGUAAUGCCAGUUACAUCAAUGAACUCAUAAGAAGAACGAUGGAGACUCCUUUGGAUAAGAACAUCGGGGACAGUACCCAGCCCUGGCAGAAUGAGGACUAUCUCACCAUCAUGAUUGCCAUUGUCGCGGGGGCAAUGGUGGUGAUUGUGGUCAUCUUUGUUACAGUGCUGGUGCGUUGCCGGCAGUCGAGGUUCAAAGCCACACAGAGGAGUAAGCAAGGUGCAGAGUGGAUGUCCCCAAACCAAGAGAGCAAGCAGAACAAGAAGAAGAAGAGGAAGAAAAGAAAGUCCCCUAAGAGCUCUCUCCUCAACUUUGUUACUAUUGAAGAAUCCAAACCUGAUGACCCUGCCCACGAGCCCAUCAAUGGGGCGAUUACUAUUCCAGCCGAGCUGGAGGAGCAGACUAUAGGACGGUUUGACUGGAGCACUACACCACCAUCAACCUUUAAGCCAGGUAGCCCAGACUUAGCACGGCAUUACAAGUCAGGAUCGCCGCAGCCCUCUUUUCAUCUAAAGCCAGACACUCCAGUUUCUGCAAAAAAGCACCAUGUGAUUCAGGAGCUUCCUUUGGACAACACCUUCGUUGGGGGCUGCGAUACCUUGUCCAAGCGAUCCUCUACCAGCUCGGACCACUUCAGUGCAUCAGAGUGUAGUUCCCAAGGUGGCUUCAAGACAAAGGGCCCAUUGCACACCAGACAGUCUCAGAGACGCGUUACAUUUCACCUCCCCGAUGGCUCCCAGGAAAGCUGCAGUGAUAGUGGUCUGGGAGACCACGAGCCGGUAAAUGGUGGCCCGCUGAUCUCACACCCUCUCCCUCUGGUUCAGCCGCAGGACGAGUUCUACGAGCAGGCUUCCCCAGACAAGAGGACCGAAGCCGAUGGCAAUUCCGACCCCAACUCCAGUGAUGUUCCACUUGGUCCCAGAGGCUUAGCCGAAGCCACGGAGAUGUGCACUCAAGAAUGCUUGGUGCUCGGACACUCGGACAACUGUUGGAUGCCUGCAGAUCUUGGCUCCUACCAGCAGCUCAAGCCCCCCCUCUCCACUUUUGGAUCGCAAAAGGAAUGGAUCAAGAAGGAUAAGUUAAUAAAUGGUCAUGCGCUUUCAAGGACCUGGGAAGCGGAUGGCAACAGAAGCCAAUUCAACGACAGGAAGCUGAUUGGCUGUGGUGACGGGCAUUAUACUAAUGGGAACCCAAUGACGGACAUUCCCCUGGCCAGUCUGAAUUACAAACAGGCACCAUCAAACCUGGAAACAGCUAAAGAACAUCAACUAUGAAGAGUACUUUGUCCUUGUCCAGCCGUUAACUCAUGUCAGCCUGAUUGUAGGCACUAGUGGUAGAAUAUGCUAAUCCUAUUUGUCUGAAUUCUGUGUUACGGGUAGGACUUUAGACCACUGUUGCAGCCAAGUACUUGAAGUUGUCUAUGUUGUAGGAACCAUGGGAUUUGGUAUUUCUGUUGUCCACUUGAUGUAAAACAGGAAGGAGCUAAACUUCAUGGUGGAGGAACUGGAACUGGCCACCCCACCAGAACAGCAAAAAGAAAAAAAAAUGGUGGGACUAUUUCACAGUUUAGACUUGGAGACGCUGAGAAAAUGAUGUAAAACAAGUGAAGCCGAAAUUGUGGAGGAACAAAAUAUAAAUUGCUGCUUUUAAUUGAGGCCAAUUGCUGCUGAUAUACAUAAUGAAACAGGAAAAAAAAGAUUCUGAAAUGAGAGCACGAUGAACUAAAACUACACAAUGGGCAAUCCAGCUUUAAGUGAUCCAAGUGAACAUUCAAAGUGUUUGUAAAUAGGACAACUUGUCAGUAAGACCUAUUUUAUGGAACUAUAUUCUUCCCAAACUGUAGCAAAAGACUGUUCUAUCACUCCACAACUGUCCCCCCUUCUCUUUGUCUGCAUCCUCUGUGGGGUUUCUUUUAAGCUUCAUGUCACUGAAGUCGCGGUGAAGAUGGUUGUGUGUUUGUAAUCUGUCCAAAAGUACUGUUUCCACGCUCACAGUCAUUUAAUGUGUCGUGCCUUCAUUAUGUACUGGAGCAUAAUACUAGUUGUCAUAGGGGGCGACUAAGGCUCUUACUUAUAGCUUUCUCUGUGCCUGGCAGGUACCAGCAUUGUUUAGUUGUUCAGAAUGAGGAAAUCUUCAAUGCAGCUUUUAACAGCAUGUUUAAGCAAAUGAGAAUCAAGGCUUUGUUUCCUUUUUUGAUUUUUUUAAAUUCAGCAGUCUGGGCAUGGUGAUCCAAUCUAAAAAAUUUGGUAGAUAGCAUGUUCUUUGCAGAAUGGAUGAUUUUCUUUCAAACACAUUCCAAUAUAGGUACACCAAGCAAAAAUAAGUAAAAAAAAUUAUACACAAAAAAAGAAAAAAAAAGCUAAGCAAAAAGUGGCAACCAAAAAAAAACACAUCAGUUGCUCAUUUUAAAAACACUGCUGUCCCUAUUUUUUGGGAUUCAUUUUCCAAACAUUCUUAGAAUCACUUGUUAAAGCAUGAAUGGUAGCAGAGAGCGUACAUAAUUAAAGUUUGUGUUUGAUUUAAACUGGAAAGUACAAGGGCAAUGAGAGAUUGCUUUAUAACUUGACUUAGUAAACCAUUUCUACUUGUUAUUUAUAUCUACUGUUAUUUAUUUUGAUAUAUAUAGCGUACUUUUUGACAAAUUUUUAUAUACAGAAAAUUGGGGCGUUAUCAUUGAGUCAAUAAAUUUGACACAAGGGUCAUAUAUUAAUUGAAAAGAUUAUUUUAACGUAGCGUAUUUUGGCAAUGGAAGUUACAAAAUAUAA